GGACCGUCCAUCCGCGCCCCUCCCUUCCCCUCCCCCUCACCCCUCAGCAUCCAUCCCACUUCCCCUCCCCAGAUCAGAUAGAUCUUCUGCCACCAUGCCUGAUAUAGCCUCCAACGGUGCCCGCAAUGGCACCUCCGCCCAUGCAGAGGAAAAGCCGGAGUCCCCGGUUCUCCACGUGGUGGAUAGCCGCACGGGAAAGUACCACUCCAUCCCGAUCGUGCGCAACGCCAUCAAUGCCAGUGAAUUCAAGAAACUCAAGACUGCCGAGGAUCCGGAGCAUCCGGAAGACCAGAAUGAACAGGGUAUCCGCGUGUUCGACCCUGGUUACUCCAACACUGCUGUCAGUGAGAGUAAGGUCACUUACAUCGAUGGCCUCAAGGGACAAAUCCAGUACCGUGGCUACCGGAUCGAGGAUAUCGUGGGCAAGAAGAAGUUCAUCGACACGGCACAUCUGCUCAUCUGGGGGGAAUGGCCCACCCCGGAACAGGCCCAGACUCUGCACGAGAAACUGUCCAGUGUGCCUGUCAUCAAUGAAUCCGUCUUCAAGGUCAUCCAGGCCUUUCCCCCUAACUCCUCCAUCAUCGGCAUGAUGAUUGCCGCUCUCUCCGCCGUCCAGAGCUCCCAAAUGGACCGCAUCCCCGCCCACGCAGCCAAGAACCUGUACCUGGGCCUGCCCAAGGCCGUCGACGACGAGAUCAUCCGUCUGAUGGGCACUCUCUCCAUGAUCACCGCCGCCGUCUACUGCCAUCACACCGGUCGCGACUUCACCCCGCCGCGCCCGGAACUGUCCUACAUCGAGAACUUCCUCCUGAUGAUGGGCCACGUCGACUCGACCACCGGCCUGCCCAACCCCCAAUACGUCGACCGUAUUGAACGCCUCUGGGUCCUCAUCGCCGACCACGAAAUGACCUGCUCCACCGCCGCCUUCCUCCAAACCGCCUCGUCUCUCCCCGACGUCUUCUCCUGCAUGAUCUCCGCUCUAUCGGCCCUCUACGGACCCCUCCACGGCGGCGCCAUCGAAGUCGCCUACAAGAACUUUGAAGAGAUCGGCACGGUCGAGAACGUUGCCGCCAAGAUCGAGCGCGUCAAGGCCGGCAAAGAACGUCUCUACGGCUACGGUCACCGUAUCUACCGCGUCACAGACCCCCGCUUCACUUUCAUUAGCCAGAUCCUGGAUGAGCUGAAGGAUGAGAUCGCCCGUAACCCUAUCCUUAAAGUGGCUUUUGAAGUGGACCGCGUUGCCUCAGAGGAUGAGUACUUUGUCUCCCGUAGACUGCGCCCCAAUGCCGAUCUCUUCGCUGCUUUGACCUACAGUGCUAUGGGCUUCCCCACCGAGUUCAUCCUCCCGCUGUCUCUCCUCUCCCGUACCCAGGGUUUCAUGGCCCACUGGAAGGAAGCUAUGUCCGGCUCGGCACGUAUCUGGCGUCCCGGGCAGAUCUACACUGGCCACUUGAACCGUGAGAUGGAGUAGGUAGACACACGGAUUGAAAUGGGAAGUAAACUAAUCUAAUCCGUAUUGAGACUAUGAUAUGAGACAGUCCCACAAGCCGGGCAGUAAAUUACGCGAGCCAGCGAGCAUGUUGGCCUGAGCGAGCGAGUGUCAGGAUUUGGGUCUCGGAUUUCGGCGCAUGAUGAUAUGAACAUAGAUAGAUGCAUACAUGAUAUGGACAAGCUUUUUUCUUGUGCAUUGGUGGGUGGGCCGGAUGGCGUCUGGGAGAUAAGGACGGUAGGUAGCGAAUAGAAUGCUGGGGAGAGAUGUUGUGUUGAUAAGUGGUGCAGGGUGCAGGAGACUAGGCUUUAGUGGUUGCAGGGGU